AUGUCAGGAAGCAUACCAAUAAAGAAGCAAUCAAUUAAUAUUAAUAACAAGCUUUGUCGUUCCAGGAACUUAGUGGAGUAUUACACAGAAACUUCACAGUUACCACCCACGGGACACCACACUUUUUAUAAAGAGGUGUGCAUUUUUGUUUAA